AUGAAUAAUACUAGAGUGUUUAAAUUUUGUUUGAAAGCUUUUAUUGAAAGAGUAGUAAUAGCAAUCAACUUUCCUUGUAAACUUUAAGUAGCUUGGAAGAGAGGUAAUUAAAAAUUAGAAACAAAGUAAUCUGAUUUGAAUGUUAAUGUUGCUAAUUUUAAUGAAUAAUUAGAAAUGAAUUCGAAUUUAUAUUUUGAAGAUAAUCGAUUCAAAGAAAAGAAAUGUGCAUUUACAGUUACACUUCUAUCAUAAAAGGGUAAUAAGGUAGCAGGAUAAGUUUCUAUGGAUAUUUCCUCUUAUUUGAAUAGAAAAGUAGAAACCUUUAGAGAAGAACUAAGAUUGGAAAAAUGCCCUGAUAAACAUGCUAAAAUACAUAUUAGAUUUUAAUUUAUUUGUAUAGAAGAAUUGGACAUUGAUUAAUUGAGUAGAAUUUCAUUCGCUUCUAAUGUUGAUCAAGAAGAUUAAUAAAAUACUAUUUCUAAUACAGCUUCUUAAAAAAUACAGGUUCAAUAAGGAAAUAACAAUAAUUAAUAAUUAACCUUAUAAAAUAAUUAUCAAUAUACAGAAUAAGAUUUAGAUGAAAUACGAACAUUAUUAAAUUAAGAAAUGAAGAAAGUCUAAUAGAAAGAUAAUUAAAUAUCAUAGUUGAUGCAGAGUCUUGAAACAAAGUAAGAAUAGUUAACUGAUACAAAAUAACAAUUAGAAGCUGCAAAGUAGAAAUUGUAUGAGACAUUGGACAAAUUAUAAAAUUUUGAAGAAUCUGUUCAAGGUCAAGAUAAUUUAAAAAAAAGUUCGGACAAUAAAAUAAAAGAGUUAGAGAUUUAAAAUAAAUAAUUACAAUAAAAGAUUAUUGAAUUUAGUGAAUAAUUAAAAAUAAAACAAUAAUAAGUAGUUUAAUCUGAUUAAAAGUUAUCAAAUGCUCUUGGAUAAAUGUAAGUUAUGAAAUAAAGAAUAAGCUAAUAUGAAGAAUCAGAAUUAUAGGAAUAAAAUAGAAAAUCAAUUGGAAAUAAUAAAGAUAUGGAAUUGAUGUAAAAAAAAAUAAAUGAUUUAGAAAAAUAAAUUUAAAGAGAAUAAAAGAAAUAAGAAUAAGAUUAUGGAUUAUAUUAAGUACAAUUAAAAAAUUUAUAGGCUUAAUUAAAUGAAAAGGAAGAGUUGAUAAAUAAAUUAUCAAAAGACAAAGAUUUGGAUAAUAAAGAUGCUUCAUAAAUCUAAUAAUUAUAAAAAUAAAUAUAACAGUAUUAAUAAAAAGAAGAAUAAUUCAAUAAGUAAUAAAAGUAAUUAUUAUUUUUAGAGUAUUAAAUUAAUAUAAAGACUAAAUUUAAAAAGCAAAUCAAAAUGAAAAAAAAAUAAAAUAAUAAUAAAAAGAAGAGUUAGAGAAUUAUAGUGAUCAGAUAAUAAAAUUGAAAUGUUAAUUAGGAGAUAUAUUUAAUACAGCAUAUGAUAUUGGUGGUAAUAAACUUGUGGAUCGUUUAUAAUAAGCAGUUGGUCUGUCAUGA